CAGCAGGUCACAAACCGGUCGCUCGUCAGUCGACGUUCAGUCGACAUUGGCAGUCGAGACGCGCACGUUCAACUGUUUAGUUCGUUUACCUACGCCUAGGAGAUUUGUCCUUUCCGUUCUUCGUGUAUUUCUUUUCUUCUUGCCAGUUGUAUACAGUGUCUUCAAACUUACGAGAAACAACAGAAAAUUCCGUUAGUGGUUUGGUGUGUAAACAAAGACCGUCAUUGAGUUUGAUGAAUAUCGCAACUGUGUGAAGUUAAAGAGACAUUCGAAAGGUUCGAUUCGAGUUGACAACACAUCCAUCUAUUACAUUUAUAAUAACGGCGGUUGACUAUGAUAAGCUCUCACCAACAGCAUCCCAGCUAUGGGUUCCUCCCCGGCAUGGACCUCCAUUCCAUCCAUCGUGUGAGCCAGGAUAUGAACCAGCAGACACCAACCCUGCAGGAGCAACAUAUCAAGAGGCCUAUGAACGCGUUUAUGGUAUGGUCUCGGAUUCAAAGAAAAAAGAUCGCAUUAGAUAACCCUAAGAUGCAUAAUUCAGAAAUAUCUAAACGACUUGGUGCGGAAUGGAAGCUUCUCUCUGAUACGGAAAAACGACCCUUCAUCGACGAGGCAAAACGCCUGCGUGCCGUGCAUAUGAAGCAACAUCCGGACUACAAAUACCGUCCACGAAGAAAACCAAAGAUUCCAGUAGCCAUCGGUAAUGGUAAAACAGUGUCAAUAAAUUCAGGUGCUUUCGCCAAUUUUCCGCUACCUCCAUACUUUGCUGCACCUGCCACAUCAGUCUCUCAUCACCAUCCACAUCCUCUCGAUUAUCCGCCCUUGCCGCCCUACUUUGGGUCGGCCUUCGACCCCGUCCACUUGAGCAAGCUGGUAGCUGGUAGUGGGACAGGAUCACCAUCGACGAACGCGGCAGCAGAUGCGGCCAACAAUAACGCAGCUUCUGCGGCAGCAGUAGUCAGUAGCUUCUACACGGGAUUCUAUUCCACACCUACGUCAGGAGCUAAGCCGUAUCCGACGACGACGUCUCAUCUGGGACCACUAUUUCCAACUGGGCACCACAGCGUAUCUGCGACUACGCCUCACCCACCUUUAAUGUUCCAAUCUUCGGCGGCAACUGAUCCCGGAAGCAUUGCAACAACAACCAGCAGUCCUGGAAGUAGUCCGGGAUCUACUCCUAUACCAUCGUCCCAUCAGCAUGCCCCUACAUCGGUUACACCUACCACGUUGGAUAUGGAACAACUACGUCGACCAGUGCCCGUGAUAUAUUAAACCCAUCGAUUUAAACAAAAAGGAAGAUUAGAAGGGACGGAAAACUUGCAUACAUUCCAGGAACAAGAAGAUAUUAACGAAUGAAAAUGAAUAAAAAUUGGAAAGACAAAAAAAAAGCAGAAAAACAGAUGAAACACAAAAUUUGAGAUUCGUUCGCGAUCAAUUAUGAUGUAACUCUAGCAGAAUAGGUAGGAUCGUGCAAAUUUAGUUUUUCAAAAUCGUAUAUCGUGAUCACAUUCAGUUCAUAUCAUAUUUCUGAUCUCCCGCGCGGAAACACGGCGUAAUAUACUUAUAUCGGCAACGCUCGAGAGCUGAAACACGAGAUACAUACGAGAAACAUCGCUGAACUGAACACACACAAGGGGACACAACCGUGGGAAUCUUUUUACCGAUUACGAAUUAGUUUACUGAUCGUAGGUGGAAGGGGGAACGGAGGCGUGAUUUUCAAGGUCGAUCGAUUCGGGGGUCGGGAAAGGCUUGUUGGCAACCACGCGGAUAAUUGAAUUAGCAUAUUAAUGCGAUGGAACAAAAGAGCCGUUUAGGCUCGGGAUUCGUUUUACUUUAUUGAAUGUGCUUCAUUGUAUACUCAAAUUUUACAUGAAUAGGCGGUGUCCUCUCGUAAGAUGAACUGUAUUGUUUUUAAAUAAUGUUUUUUAAUUGCAGAUAUGCCUUUUACGGUCAUCAUUACCAAAAGAGAUCUUGACCUGCGUGAAUGAUAUCGAGAAAAUGCUUUCGAACACCCGCGGCGCGGCGCUCUUGAAAUCACUUCUGGCGUACCACCUUUCUCCGAGCUCUAGGCCUUACGAUCUAUUGUUCUACUCCUUUGAUUUCGAACAGGCACCGACUUACCUACGUCGAUGGAAAUGGCUUGGUCCGUCCACGCUUUACGCCCCACUACUCGUUCUUGACUCUCGAGCGUUACCAUAUAUCGUUUUAAUAUAUCGUUUCUACAAUUGUAAAUAGCCCGUAAAAUACACGAAUCGCGUAGGUUAAGUGUACGAGCCGUUUUCGCUUAUGGUUUUUAGAAAUUAGAUAUUUUGUAAAACAGCGCGUCCUGUGUAUCCGUCAGAUCUUAUUUUGCUCAAUAACUACUCAUUCGCAUUCGGCUAAGCAAGUAGACAGAUUGAAACUUUUUACUCAAAAUUCCAAAAAACUCUUCUGUAUAAACGUGUACAAGUAAGAACUGUAUGAAAAAACAGGUAAUGACUAACGUAGAGCGAGAUCUACGGACAGCGGGCUCGUUUUAAGCAAACGAUCGUAUCAUCUACCUUGAAGACCUAAAACGACGAAUUCGUGAAAAGCAAACGAUAUUCCUAUUCUGUUAUGGGGUUUAACUUAUAUUAGUUAAUAUUAGAAGAAUUAUAUAUUAUGUUAUAUUAUAUAUUUACGAUUACCCCCGGAAAUGGUGUUUCCAACGACAAAUGAGGAAGAAUUCUUGGAUUUUAUGUAUUCUUAUUGUGCUAUUAGCAUAUAUAAUCAUAUCUGGACGAUAAUUACUUUUAACGAAUUAAUCAAACAAUUUUUUCGUAAAAGUACGUACAGGUACGAGAGUAAGGAUAUGUAUUGUCUUCGAGUCGUUUCUUGUUAGUUGUUCGCAGCAUCAUUUUAUUAGAUUCAUCUUGAAAGCAUUUUGACUAUGGUCCAAAUGUAGAUGGACCAAUCGUUAACUGUGAUUUUAUUGAGAGUUUUCACGUAUAUUUGUAUUU